AUGGCUGAUGAUAAUAUAACAUUAAUAUCUCCGAUUUCUAUCCCACAAAAUUCUGUCGAAGUCAUCGAUGCUGAUGAAGAGGUCUUUUUCUUAUAUACUGAAGGAUGUCCUUUAGAAUGGAAACACGAACAAAUUAUGUCACAAAAGGAUGCUUAUAUAGAUGUUAUGAUCGAUGAUCAAUUGAUUAUAAAAAUUGCACAAAACCAAUCACUCCUUUCUGUAAAUGGUACAACAGGAACGGUUGUUUGGAAUUCAAGUAUAAUGCUUUCAAAAUUUAUGUUCACCCAUCGAAGUUGGUUGAACCUUUCAGCCGAUAAAACAAAAAUCUUGGAAUUAGGUUCUGGAUGUGGUUUAACUGGUAUUUCAUUAGCUGCCACUUUGGUGAAGCUUAUAGCACUAACAGAUCAGGCAACAAUGUUGCCUCAUUUAUGGAAGAAUGUUAAAAGAAAUUUGGAUCGCAAUUUAAUUUCAUCAAAAGUUUUAGUUGUUGAAUUGGCUUGGGGUGAAGAAAUUGACAGAGAUAUUUUGUCAGAGCAUUGGGAUUAUAUUAUUGCAAGUGAUUGUAUUUAUAAUGAGUUUAUUGUUAAUGCAUUUGUUGAAACUUUAGCUAGAUUAUGUAAUAAUAACAAAUUUGCGAAGCAGAUUCAUGAAGAAAGUUUACAAAAUGAUAAUAAUGAAAGGAUACAACCUACUAUAGCUAUUAUUGCUAUGGAGCUAAGAUCUGAAAUUGUUCAUCUUGAAUUUCUUAAAGAGAUGAAACGUAAAAAUUUUAUUAUGUGGCGAUUACCAAAUACUAUGCUAGGAUCUGACUUUGAAAAGGGUUAUGCUGCAUAUAUUGCUUGGACUAAGGAUUCAUUAAUAUAUAAUUGA